AUGGCAUCUUUAUUUAAAGCAGCAAUCAGAAGUUAGCUCUCAAAAUUAUCAAAUAUGUUUAAUGAAGAAUCAGAAACUAUAGCUCUUAAAAUUCCAAUGACCAGAUGCAAUGAGUUCCUGGUUAAAUUACACGACUUUGUGAUAUAAGAGCAAGGAGUGCCAACAAUUACUAAAGAAGAUAAUAAGAUGGAUUUCUAGAACAGACUUAUACUUUUGAAUAAAGAAGUAGAUCAAAAUUUGUCACAAAUACCUUCAGAAUUAAAGACUUGGAUUCAAGAAUAAAAUGUUGAGAUUAUAAAACACAAAAUUUAAAAAGAUAUAAGCACUUUUUCUUUAGAAGAAGCAAUCGAAAAAGUUAUAAAUAAUAAAGAUAUUGAUUCUCAUAUAAAAUUAGAAACUUUGAAGCAAUUUAAAAUUAUUGAGUUCAACGAGAACCAAAAACCUUUCAAAGAUUAAAUUGCAAGUAUUGUUUUAGAUAAAAGCCAAAGCAGUAUAACUACAAUUCUCUAGAAGAAAAUAGAUUAAGAUGAUGAACAUUUCUUUGUAAAUUCUUAUGAGUAUGUCUUAGGAGAAAAAAAUUUUAUUUUAGAUUUACAAGAAGGCAGCUGCAAGUUUUUAAUAGAUAUAUCAAAAUUUUACAUAAAUAAUUACUUUUAAGAAGAAAGAGAUCGCAUUCUUAAUUUAAUUAAUGAUUAAGAGUCUGUUGUUGAUUUAUUUGGAGAUAUUAUUUUAGAUACUAGAUUAUAUAAAGAGAGAAAUGCAAAGGUACUUACAUGUGUAACAUCUGCAACUUUACAAGAAUUUUUCUAGGAUAUAAAAAAAUAAAAUAGCCUCUCACACAGAUCAGCUAGCAGAUCUCUAUCUAAAGCAGUUAAUGAAGGGACAUAAUAAACCCCUAAAGGAUUGUAUGAAAUAGAAUGCAAAAAUGUCUUUAACUUUUUAGAAGACCAUUUUAAAUAAAAAGAGCACUCUAACGUUUUUAUAAUUUCAAGAAUAUUGAAAGAUCUUUCUUUUUUAGGCUCAUUUGUUGGCAUUUUGGGUAAGAAUCAUUAGUAAACUGAAAAUGGAAAUGGAAGUACAGAAGAUAGACCCAUUAAUUUGUUCUUUUAUUAUCUAGUUAAUUAAGAAGAAUACGAUAAUAAGCCUUUGUCAGAACUUAUUGUGGACAAUUUAAAUUAAAAAAUAAUAGAUAUUUCUUCAUCAUAAAUCAACUAGGCUUUAUUUGAAAAAUCAGAUUUAGGUUCUGUGACAUAAAUAAAUUUCGAUUUACCAAAUAAAAUAUUAAUUGGAGUUAAUAUUAAAAUUAGAAGUGAAAUAUUAAAUAAUCCAGUAGUCCUAAUAGCUUAAGUAAAGGAAAGUUAUAAUAAGUCAAUCCAUUCCCCUAAAAUUUAACAUGAUGCAUAGGAUAUAUCUGAAUAUGAAGGAGAUUUAUAAAAGAAAAUUAAAGCUUGA